CACACACCCUCACUCUCACACAUCCGCGUAUCUACCACUCUUCUCAUUUCGCUGCACUAGUGUGUCCUGCCUGUUUGCUGUGAGUACUGUGUAGGCUAUGGGGUCUCAAUACUUUCCAGCACGAUCAGUGCUUUUCCAAAAGAAGUCGAGUGGAGUUACAUACCGUGUGCCUGCUUUGAUCUACAUACCUCAGUCCAGCUGUUUCUUGGCCUUCUGUGAGGAAAGACUGACUCCGGCAGAUGCUCAAGCACAUCUGCUGGUCAUGCGCAAAGGCACUUUUUAUAAAAACUAUGUGGAAUGGAAGGACAUGGAGGUGUUGAGUACAGCUCGACUGGAGGGCUACCGCUCAAUGAACCCUUGCCCUGUUUAUGAUGAGUUUACUGGCACAGUCUUCUUGUUUUUCAUUGCUGUUCUGGGUCACACCUCAGAGUCUUACCAGUUAAUUACUGGAAAGAAUGUGACACGUCUUUGCUAUGUGUCCAGCAGUGACCAAGGGGACACCUGGAGCUCUGUUACAGACCUUACCAGGAUUCUCAUAGGGGACACCAUUAAAGAGUGGGCCACUUUUGCUGUGGGUCCAGGUCACGGAACCCAAUUAAAAUCUGGAAGGCUAAUAAUCCCUGCUUAUGCCUACCAUAUUGACUGCAGAAAUUGCUUUGGCAGGAAGUGCAAGACUUCAUCACACUCAUUUUGUUUUUAUAGUGACACGCAUGGAAAAGCAUGGCAUUUUGGAGAAGCAUUGUCCACUCCAGAGAGUGUGGAGUGUCAAAUGGUGUCAGUAGAUGAGGAAAAUGGAGUCAACUUUUUGUACUGCAAUGCACGGAGUGUGUCAGGUUGCCGUGUGCAAGCUGUUAGCUUUGAUAAUGGGGCUGUUUUUCACAAUGGUCAGCUGGUAUAUAAACUAGUGGAGCCAAAGAAUGGGUGCCAUGGCAGUGUAAUUGGAUUUCCAGCACCAAUCUAUGAGCUUGGGAAAUCCCAACACUUUCUGAGACAGUUGAGGUCCAUCUACACCCCACUUGGAGUCAGCAUAUCACCAUCAAACUUCCUUCCACCAACAUGGGUGGUAUAUACUCACCCCACAUGCUCAAAAGCUCGUCGUGACCUCGGUGUUUACCUCAGUCUUCUGCCUCGAGAUCCAGAUAGCUGGUCAGGACCUUGGAUCAUAUAUGCAGGCCCUAGUGCAUAUUCAGACUUGGCCUAUGUUGAUACGUUUACUGAUGCCCCAGCAGUCCCUGUCUUUGCCUGCCUUUUUGAGAACGGCAAAAAGACAGCUUAUGAUGAGAUUUCCUUCUGCAUCUUCACAAUGUAUGAGCUAAUUGACCACCUUCCCCACAUCAACCAAAACAAAAGGGGGCCCAGAAAGAUGAAAGGAUUAUCGGAGUGCUGCUUUGUCUGCUGAUUAUAUGUGUAGCAGGACUGGAGAUGUUUCAGAAGAAUUGAAAAAUUGGCUUCCUUUCAAGUAAAUGCUUAAUUCACCCCAAAAUUACAAUUAGCCCAUAAAUUGCUCACCCUCAAGUCAUCCUAGGUAUAUAUGACUCUUCUUUCAGACAAUUCCAGUCAGAGGUUUUGGCAGGUGUUGCAGUGCAUCAGUCUAAAAGAAGUAAAAUAAAAAGUGCCCAUCCAUAAAAAAAAGUGUACCACAUCACUCCAGGGGGGUGAACAAAGGCCUCCUGUAGUGAAUCAAUUAGUUUUUUAAAGAAAAAUAGCUAUAUUCAUAAAGUAAUAAUCACUUUAAUGUAGCUUUAAUAUAGCUUGCGCAUUUCUAAAUUUCUAAAAUGUCUAAAUCGCUUUAUAGCACAAUUUUCCGCGGCCUUGACCCCCCGCAGUAUGCUAUCUGAACCAAUCAGAAUGCAACCCGCCUAGCGCGAGAACAGAACAGACUGGGCAUAUGCCUAACUCCAGGUUCACACACUGUCUGUGAUGAGCCUUUUUUCCAAGCCCAUGUUAAUGGAUCAGAGCGUUCACACUGCACGUGGUAAAAAGCUAGAAAUAAAAACAUGCAAAAAAAAUGAAUAUCUAGCACAUGAGCAUACAGUGAGUUGUGAGUGCACAGGAUGCAGUUUAAGUGAGAAAAUGAUUAUCCACAUGUAAAACUAUGUGAAGCACAUUUUGCUGAGGACAGUUUAAUGCUGGAUUCGCACAAAGAUUAUUCUGGAAAGAUGGAGCAGUUCCCUCUUUGUCUGGAGAAGGCAUUGUUCAUGGACCACAACCGGUAAGUGUAUUUUAUUAUUUAAAUUGGUGCGUUUAACAGUUUAUGUAACUUAUUACACAAAGGGAAAAGCUGUUUAGCUUUGUUAACUAAAUGGUAGGGCUGUGCAAAAAAUCGAAUGUGAUUUUCAUGUGCAAAACAUCACUAAAAGCACUCCUGUGAUUAGAAGUACAUCUCUAGCACGUGCGUUCAGAUCAGGGUUGACAGGUUUUCAAAACAAAUUCUGCCCACUUGCUUUUCAAAACGCGUUUCCAGCGUGCGCUCAGCUGCUGUCGAAUCACAACACAGGAACCGCUGGCCCAAUCAGAACUAGUUACGUAUUUCUGAAGGAGGGGCUUCAUAGAACAAGGAAGACAUCAGCCAGUUUUUAUGACAGUGAAAACAGCGGUAUACAGAUAGGUGAAUUGUGUGAAAAAUACUGUUUUUUUACAUGCGAAACAUGAACACUUUAAUAUUGCACACUGUAACCACAAUCAAAGCUUCAAAAAAACAAACAAAAAAAUGGGACCUUUAAGUACGCACUCUCUCUCCGGGCGAGAGCAGCGUGUAUGUGAGCAAGCACAUCUGGUUUUGUGACAAAGCAAAAGAAAUCUGCGUGCGAAUAGAGAGAUUCGAACUCGUGCAUUAUUUUAAUGUGCUUUCACGUUACAAUAACGCACUCUCACUCCUGCUUCUGCACCACUGACACAUUCUGUAUACAAACUGCAGACGGAGUGAACCUGUAUAAUGUAUGACAAAUCUAUUUCAACCCAUGAGGCACCGAUACAAUUAAUGAGCUCUAUGAACAAUGCAUGGCAAAAAAGAAAAAAAAGGUCCCUGGACAUGGGAUUUAUUUAUAUUUUUUUGUCAAGUCUAUGAAUUUUGUUAUACCUUUACUAUAGUGAUUAUUUUGACUUAUGCCUGUUCUAGAGACGUUACAACUUUUUGACAAAGCUCUAAUUGGUUUUAUUUUGGAAAUAUGUUUCAAAUUCCUCCUGAACUCAUUUAUGACUGUAAACCAUAUCUGUGUGUGUCAAAACCAUGAUUAAAAUCGCGAUAGGUUUUGUCUAUAUCGCACAGCCCUAGUUCAUUCAGUAAAGACAGUUAAUAAUCUAGCUUCUGAGUACUAAGUUAUAACCCACUAAUAGCGGGGUCAGUUAAUUUUUUUACAGUGGGCCGCGCAAACAUAUGUGUUUGGUUGUGUGGGCUGCGAGCUGAAAAAGGUUGGGAAUCACUGGUCUGAAAGAAGAAAAUCAUAUACUUUACUAUACAUAUACCUAGAAUGACUUGAGGGUAAGUAAUUUAUGGUCUAAUUUUCAUUUUUGGGUGAACUAACUCUUAAAUGACUGUGAAUUUCUUCUGAAUCUAUUUUUAUUUGAAUCAGUUUCUAUCAUAAUCCAUCUGCAUAUCUAUCUAUUUUAUCUGUCUUCUGCAUUUUUGUUCAUUAAAUGUAAUCUCCAUCAAAGUCACAAAUAUAAACAAACACAAUAUACUUAAUUUUAAUAUUUCAUGUUUUUAUUAAAAACAUAAUAUGAAACAUUCACAGUGCUUUUGAGAAAGUAAGUGAACUUUACCUUGCUGUUGAAUGAUCCAAAAACUGUUAUUUUGUUUUGUGUGAUGGGUUAUAUAUUAUUUAUCAUGUUAUUGCUAAUUUUAAUUAUUGUGAUAUUUUAUCCAUAAAUGUACUUUAUCACAAUAUUUAAAAUAUUAAAUAAACAACAUGAACAUUAUUCUAGGACUAUUCUAGCGCUUGCAACCUCAUCAGAGGACAACACGUAAUAUAACGCGGCCUGAAACAUACGUCAUCAUCUCACACACGAGUGACUGCAGCUCAUUACAGGUUUGUGAAGUUUAAUAAUUGUUGUUUUUGUUGAGGAAAAUAAAAGCACUUACAAAAAGGUAAAAGGAAAACACAUUAAAUUCGCUAUACAGGUUAUGGUCAAAAGUCUCAGUGAAGAUGACUGGCAUUCACGUUUAAAUGUGUUUACAGUUUUAUCUAUUCUAAAAUGUUUAACUUUUACAGACUUUUAAAUUAAAUCCCUUACAACAGGGAUAGGCAACUCCGGUCCUGGAGGGGAGUUUAGCUCCAACCCUAAUUAAACACACCUGAACAAGGCAAUCAGUGUUUUCGGGAUUACUAGAUAGAUACAGGCAGGUGAGUUUUUAUGAGGGCUGAAGCUAAACUCUGCAGGAUAGUGGCCCUCCAGGACCGUUGUUGCCUAUCCCUGCCUUACACUGAUAGAAAUAGGGGUACAGUAGGAGUCCAUUUCUGUCCCCCAAGGUACAAUCUAAACUAACGUACCCCAUAGGGAUUAUUAUUUGACCUCAAGGUACAUGUAUGCAACUUUUUGAGGGUCAAAAAGAUACAUAUAUGUUCCCAAAACUUAACAGGUACAUAUAUGUACCGUUUCUUUUAAAGGUUAAGGUACAAUUUGUAGAGCCAGCCCUGAUUGGCUGCUUGAAUCUCAAUUUAAAAGAACGUUUCUUCUGUUCCUUUCUUUUGGCGGAGACGAAGUCAUAGCGCGGUUACACAUGGUUCUUACCAGAUUUGGGUAGUCCAGGGGCCAAAGAGUAGAAGUCCUGCCAUAUUUUUGCUCCACCCAUGAACUCAGCAGAUGAUUUCAUCAGAGGAGGAACCAAGUCAUCCAAGUCACAAACAAGUCUUGAAACAAAUCCCAAGUCCUUAAAGAGUAAAAGUUAAAGAGAUAAUUAAGUGACUAAUUAAAUGAAGACGCAUUAGUGAUGAACACCUGCUGUUUACAAAGUCAAUAGAAUGUAAAAAUGAAAUCAAUUGAAAGAAAAAAAAAAAACUUUGCCAGCAUAAUUGUGGUGAAUAAUUGCUUCAGUUGAGCUCUUGAGCCUUUAAGCAGUUUUUAUAAAUUUGAUUCUCAACAAUUGCAUUAUUGUUUUGCAGCAAACAUUUGUGCAAUGCUAAUACAGCAUUUGAUGUAGUAGUUAACUUGUGCUUUUGAUUAUUGUAUGAUCUUUUUGAAUAAGUUUCUUGAUUAUAUGUUUAAAGAGAAGAGUUUGUGGCUUAGUUGUUAGAGAGGUGUAUUCACUGCUCUGCGUGUGCACUUUGGAUGAAUUAAAUGAUGAGUAUGAAUUCUGAGUACAGGUCACCAUACUUAACUGUGUCAUUUUCACACACAAAAAAAGAGAGAAAUCUCAUUAUGCAAAUGCCACCAUAUAACUACAGAGAGAAAUCUAGCAGAACAAGUCAAGGUUCAAGAGCACAACUAAACCAAACACUGAUCUCCAUGAUGGUGGCAUCAUUUUAUCCAAUAAAACAUUAACAUCUGAUCCUCUGCAAUUCUCAAUAACAGCAGGUGUUCAUCACUAAUGCACAAUCAUCAUUUAAUUAGUCACAUAAUUAGCUCAUUAACUUUAACUCUUUGAGGACUUGGGAUUCAGAUUGAGUUUUGACUUGGAAGGAAUGAUUUGGUUCCUCUGGUGAAACCGGCUGCCAACUACUCUUUGGCCCCUGGACUUCCCACCUCUGUACAAAACUCUAUUAAGUCUCUUAAAGGGGGGGGGGGGGUGAAAUGCUCGUUUUCACUCAAUAUCCUGUUAAUCUUGAGUACCUAUAUAGUACUGCAUCCUUCAUAACUCCAAAAAGUCUUUAGUUUUAUUAUAUUCAUAAGAGAAAGAUAGUCUGUACCCGAUUUUUCCCUGAAAAAACGAGCGUCUGGAGGCGUGACGUGUGGGCGGAGCUAAAGAAUCACAGGGGCCAGUAGGCUUUUGAGUUGAGAGCGUUUGGAAGCUGUGACAGCUGUGAAGGCUGAAACUGAACGAGAGCAGCAGCAGCAACGAAUCGCUCCGAGCGGGGCUCGAACCCGGGUCUCCGGCAUGGGAGGUGGACACACUAACAAGGAGGCAGAGAUAUUUGAAGCAGUUUUACUCACCUGCGGUUCCAACACACGAUCGUGACCCUUUUUCAUUGGGAUUGCAUCAUCCUUAAGAAAUAAACAAUGUGCAAAUCCGAACUGGGCCUUGUUUGUAAAACAAGCAUCUUCGAAAUGCAGGGAACAAACACAAACACUUGCACAACUCCGUUGAUGCUCUGUAAAAAUGAACUCCAUCCACUGGUCCCUUAAUGCUGUUUCUCUUUUGGUAAUCUGUGCAGGGUUGUCUUGCCCUGGCAACCAAAAACACACUUCUUUUGUGACAUUUGGCGACGCUCUCGCUCUGAUCAGUGAAGUCUGUUGUGCUCUCAGUGCUCUGCUAUACGGGAGCGCGCUCUUCCGGCAGAAGUGCCCUAGGACCCAUAUAAGGAAAUUCCACUCCAUCUAACGUCACACAGAGCCAUACUCGAAAAAAACUUUCCAAAACUUGUGACAAACCGGAAGAGGUAUUUUUGGAACAGAAAUACGUACAACUCCUUCAAACGUACAACUUAAUUUUUGAAACUUUGUCCAUGUUUAGCAUGGGAAUCCAACUCUUUAACAGUGUAAAAAACUCAGUAUGCAUGAAAUAGCAUUUCACCCCCCCCCUUUAAGAUACAAAUCACAAGGGUACAAAUUUGUACCCUAUGCCAAGGGUACAGCCCCAGUGACAAGCUAUUAUACCCCUAAAGGUACAAUUAUGUCCUUUAUUUUCUGAGAGUGUACCCUCAAGGGUACAGCUUUUGUACCCUUGGCAUAGGGUACAUAAAACAUCAACAUCUGAUCCUCUAUAAUUCUUAAUAACAGCAGGUGUUAAUCAUUAAUGCACAAUCAUCAUUUAAUUAGUCACUUAAUUAUCUCAUUAACUUUAACUCUUUGAGAACUUGGGAUUUGACUUAAGACUCGUUUGUGACUUGGAAGGAAUUAAAAAAGAACAAAAAUAUGGUGGGACUUUUACUCUAUGGACCCUGGACUACCCACCUCUGGUUCUUACAGGGCUUUCAACCAAGUAGUUCCUUGUUUCAAGGCUGGUAAAAAAGGACUAUACUGAAACCAGGAGAUGAAAUGGAUUUUCAUCAUAUCUCAUUAUAAUCAACGAUUGUACCCUUUUUGAAGGGUGAAUUUUUGUACUGUUAAAUAAAGGUACAAAAUUGUCACCACAGGGACAAAACUGGUCUAUUAAGGUACAAAUUUGAGGGUAAGGUACAAAGCCUUGAGGGUACAGCCCCAGUAACAAACUAUUGUACCCCUAAAGGUACAAUUAUGUACUUUAUUUUCUGAGAGUGUAGCCAUCUUCAAGAAUCGACUUAAAACCCAUGUUUUCCAUCUAUAUUUGACCUUUAGCACUCACUAUUCUAAUUCUAUUCUUUUAAAUCUAAAUCUAAAAUCUAACUAACUUUCUAAGCGUUUUGUAUUCUAUCUGUUUUCUUUUUAUUUAUUAUACAUUUAAAAGCUCUUGCUACGUGUACUGCAUUUAAGCUAACUGAGACUUGUUAUAACACUUUUAUCAUUGCUCUUAAGUUUAAUUUGAUUGCUUCUAAUGUCCUCAUUUGUAAGUGGCUUUGGAUGAGAGUGUCUGCUAAAUUACUAAAUGUAAAUGUAAAAUGUUCAACAUAGUCAUAAUAAAGAUCAAGUACAUGUGUUGACAAUGAAUAAUGCACUGACUAAUAAUGUCUGCACUGGUGCAGCACUGAAGUCUUUCUUUCAUGAUCUAUUAAAAGAAUAGUUCACGCCAAAAUGAGAACUUGUGAUCAUUUUCUCCCCCUUAAGCUUUUACAAACCUGUUUGGCUUAGGUAUUUUGAAAUAAUUUGUUUUGUUUUAGUUUUGUUUGGACAUUUGUGUUUAGAUUUAUUUUAUGUUCCACAGAAGACAGGUUCGGAAUGGCAUUAGGAUGAAAUGAUAAAUUAUAACAGAGUUUUUGUUUUCGAGUUUAAGGUGUCCCUUUAAAGCAAACAUUCCAGUAUGCUCUCAGCUAACAGAAUUUUGUUACAAGAAUGUUCUCCAGAUAUUCAGUCUACAUUUUCAGUUUUCUU